AUGGCUAGAAGAAGAAACAAUAAGAGAGGUGGCAGAAAGACAUUUGGCGCCAGAGACGACUCCAACGCGCAGAAAAACUGGGCCGAACUUGUCAAGGAAAAUGAGAAGUGGGAGAAGUACUACAAAGAUCUUGGCGUCAUCCCAGAGGGCGAAUGGGAUACGUUCAAGCAGACCUGUCAGGCACAGUUACCUCUGACUUUUAGAAUAACAGGUUCAAGGAAGCAUGCACAUGAAGUUCUUCAACUGUUUGAGCAACGUCAUUUGCCCAGUUUAACCAACGUUGAGUUUGAAGGUGAGCUAAUUCAACCUCCAAAGAACUUGCCAUGGUAUCCAGAGCAUUUAGGCUGGCAAUUGGAUGUUUCCAAACAGGUUAUUAGGAAAAAUGAACAGUUUUCCAAGACUCAGAGAUUUCUAGUGGUGGAAAAUGCUGUUGGUAAUAUUUCCAGGCAGGAAGCCGUUUCUAUGAUCCCACCAAUUGUUCUGGAAGUUGAGCCACAUCACACUGUUUUAGACAUGUGUGCUGCUCCAGGCUCCAAAACUGCUCAAUUGAUUGAAGCCUUGCACGCUCAAAACGAUGAGCCCUCUGGUUUUGUAGUGGCAAACGACGCUGAUGCUAGAAGAUCCCACAUGUUAGUCCAUCAGCUCAAAAGAUUGAAUAGUGCCAACUUAAUCGUUGUUAACCAUGAUGCUCAGUUCUUUCCAAGAAUCAAGCUCAAUGAUGGCAAAAGCUUCUUGAAAUUUGACAGGGUACUAUGUGAUGUUCCAUGUUCCGGUGACGGUACCAUGCGUAAAAAUGUUAACGUGUGGAGAGAUUGGUCAACUGCUUCAGGGCUAGGUCUCCACACUGUUCAAUUGAAUAUCCUUAACAGAGGUUUGAACCUUUUGAAGGCCGGUGGUCGACUAGUGUAUUCCACUUGUUCUCUUAACCCCAUCGAAAACGAAGCCGUGGUUGCGGCUGCUUUGAGAAAGUGGGGGGACAAGAUUAAACUAGUCAAUUGUGACGAUAAAUUGCCCGGUCUUAUUAGAAGUCGUGGUAUUAGUGAAUGGCCAGUGUACGAUAAAGCAUUCACCAAGAAAGAAAAGGGGGACGAAGGAACCAUCGAAUCGUGGUUCCCUCCCUCCGAAGAAGAAAAGUCUAGUUUCCACCUCGACAAUUGUAUCAGAGUAUAUCCUCAUCAGCAAAACACUGGUGGAUUUUUUAUCACUGUCUUUGAAAAGUUAGGCGAAGAACCUGCAGAACCUGCAAAGAGACCACAAAUUCCAGAUUCGAAGGAAGAGGGUCCUGAGGGCAAGAAGCUAAAAACUGAAAACGGUUCGGCUCCUGCUCCAGCUGCUAUUGCGAAGAAAGAAAAGCUGCCUCGUGACGCAAACGAGGAGCCUUUCGUAUUUUUGGAUCCAAAUCACGCUGAGUUGGAGAAGUGUUGGAAAUUCUACGGAAUUGAUGAUAAAAUAGACAGAUCCUGCUGCUUGGUGCGUAACGCCGCCGGAGAGCCUACUAGAGUAAUAUACACAGUUUGCUCUGCUUUGAAAAACUUGAUUCAAUCUAAUGAGGAUAGAUUAAAGAUAAUCUACUCUGGUGUGAAAUUCUUGGUUUCUCAAAGAUCAGAUAUAGAGUGUUCAUGGAGAAUUCAAAGCGAAUCUUUGCCAAUCAUGAAACACCACAUGAAUCAUCAAAGAGUUGCAACUACGAACAUGGAAUGCUUCAAGAUGUUGUUGUUGGAAUCAUUUCCGAAAUUUGAAGACAUCGAAAGUAGUCAUGUUGACGAUGGAUUCGUUCAAAAAAUGAAAGAAUUGUCAGCAGGCUGUGCAUUUAUUGCCGUCUCAAGGGGAGAGGAUAAAGAAAGUUUAUUCCUACCUGUGUGGAAUGGCAGCAAGUGUGUUAAUUUAAUGGUCUGCAAAGAGGAGACUCAAGAAUUACUUUAUAGGGUUUUUGGAAUAGAAACGAUUGCUAAGGAGGCAUCCAAGAGUGAGAAGAAAAAUGAGAACGGUGAAGAAUUAAAGGAAGAAACCCCUGCUGCGUGA